CACGGCGCCCCCAGAUCAUCCGCCGCCGGCGUCUGGCUCCCCCCCGGCGAGGAGCGGAAGCCGCUAUCCCGAGGCGGAGUUCGGGGCGCCGGAGCCCGGCCGGCUGCUCAGCCGCAGCUUCCGGGCAGCGCCGGCGACGCGCGGGGCGCUGGCGCCCCGCGGACCCCGCGACCCCGGGCGAGUGGGCGGGCGCCCCGGACGGGCAGCCCAGCCGGCGCAGGCGGCGGUGGCGGCGGCCGCGGUGGUCGCGCUCAGACGCCCCGUGCGCCGCGCUCCAUGCCGGUGUGGUGCUGCCGCUGCUCCCUGGUCGGUCAUUUCAGAAACUAUAGUGACACUGAAACCGAAGGAGAGAUUUUUAAUUCCUUAGUGCAAUAUUUUGGUGAUAAUUUGGGGCAAAAAGUUAAAGCUAUGCCAUUAGUUGAAGAAACUUCUUUACUGGAAGAUUCAUCAGUGACUUUGCCUGUGGUAGUAAUAGGAAAUGGACCCUCAGGAAUCUGCCUUUCUUACAUGUUAUCGGGCUACAGACCAUAUUUAUCAUCAGAAGCAAUACAUCCAAAUGCAAUCUUACAUAGUAAAUUAGAGGAAGGAAGACAUCUUUCCAUUGUUGAUCAGGACUUAGAAUACCUGUCUGAGGGCCUUGAGGGCCGAUCGUCCAAUCCAGUGGCAGUCCUUUUUGACACACUUCUUCAUCCAGAUGCUGACUUUGGGUACGAUUAUCCAUCCGUUUUGCAUUGGAAAUUAGAACAACAUCAUUACAUCCCUCACCUAGUUCUCGGUAAAGGUCCACCUGGUGGAGCUUGGCAUAAUAUGGAAGGUUCCAUGUUGACAAUCAGCUUUGGAAAUUGGAUGGAGCUACCUGGACUUAAAUUUAAAGACUGGGUAUCCAGCAAACGAAGGAACCUAAAAGGGGAUCGUGUUAUGCCAGAGGAAAUAGCUCGUUACUAUAAACAUUAUGUAAAGGUCAUGGGUCUGCAGAAGAAUUUCAGAGAGAAUACUUAUAUCACCUCUGUAUCAAGACUCUACAGAGAUCAAGGUGAGGGUGAUGGACAAGACAGAAAUAUUUCAACGCAGCAUUUACAGAUAGAGAAGUCAAAACUUAUCAAGAGAAAUUGGGAGAUCAGAGGUUAUCAGCGAGUAGCGGAUGGUUCCCACGUUCCCUUCUGUCUCUUUGCUGAGAACGUAGCUCUGGCAACUGGAACGCUGGAUUCUCCUGCCCAUCUGGAAAUUGAAGGGGAAGAUCUUCCUUUUGUGUUCCAUUCAAUGCCUGAAUUUGGAGCUGCUAUAGGCAAAGGAAAGUUGCGUGGCAAAGCGGACCCAGUGUUAAUUGUGGGUUCCGGGCUUACUGCAGCUGACGCAGUACUGUGUGCGUGCAACAAUAAUAUUCCUGUGAUUCAUGUAUUUCGCAGACGAGUAACUGAUCCAAGCUUAAUUUUCAAACAGCUUCCCAAAAAGCUUUAUCCAGAAUACCAUAAAGUCUAUCAUAUGAUGUGUACUCAGUCAUAUUCUGUAGACUCCACUCUUCUUUCUGCUUAUACCAGUUUUCCUGAGCACCAUGUGCUUUCCUUUAAGUCGGACAUGAAAUGCAUUCUUCAAAGCAUCUCUGGAUUGAAGAAGAUAUUUAAGCUGUCUGCAGCAGUAGUACUGAUAGGUUCUCAUCCCAAUCUGUCUUUUCUGAAGGAGCAAGGGUGUUACCUGGGCCACAACUCAAGCCAGCCCAUCACAUGUAAGACUAAUCCUGUGGAAAUAGAUGCAUAUACCUACGAAUGUGUUAAAGAAGCCAACCUUUUUGCAUUGGGUCCUUUGGUUGGAGACAAUUUUGUUCGAUUUUUAAAGGGAGGGGCGUUGGGUGUUACACGCUGUUUAGCUACGAGGCAGAAGAAAAAACAUUUAUUUGUGGAAAGAGGAGGAGGAGAUGGGAUAGCUUAAAGUGAGUUUACAAGUCAUUUAUAUGGACAGUUUACCAUUAAAGGUUUUUUAAUAGUGGUUUUGCAGUGUACUGGCUUGAAGUUUCUGGACUUGAAUGAACUGAAGAGAGCCUCAAGCUAUCUGUAGUAACUAUUUUUUACAGUUACAAGAACUUGGCAUCCUGAUUUAUAUAGUAUCAAAGGUAUCACCGUCAGACCAAUAGAAACACUGCCAAUUUGGUAUACUUUAAGCGCUUAACAAAAACGUUCUUUUCUUCCAAGACUUAUUUUUGGUGAUCGUUUGUGGUUAUGUUUGAUUCCAAAAUCUGACAGCCUUGAAUAAUGGAUAAAACCAUACAGUCCCAUUAAACCAGAAACUGUCUUCACUGUAUAUUCGAGCAGCAAGGUGACCUAAGGGUGGUCUAAAGACCAACAUUAGCUUCAUUUGUAGCUUGGUAGAAGUGUGGACUUUCAGGCCCCACAACAGAUUACUGAAAUCAGAAACUGCAUCUAAUGAGAUCCUCAAGGAAUCUGUAUGCUCAUUUAAGUUUGAGGCAUAUUGGUGUAAAAGAACUAUAACUUAGGUAUGGUGGGGUGGGCAGAGUAGGAAGCAUUUAUAACUCAGGUUUAAUUUAUUUUGAAGGAUCAAUUCUAUAAAUCUAAUUUAUUACCAAAUAUGGUAUUUUAAAAAUAUUUUUAUUGUAAACUUGGUAAGUACUUCAUAUUCUUAGCUUCUAAUAAUUUAAAGAGUCCAAUAAUGUUGGCAUACACUUAAACAUUCAGAAACCUGCCAAAAUAUUUUUGGAGAUUUAUUCUCUCUUUAACAUAACAAUCUAACUUGCAAUUCAAUAAAUUGUGAAAACUA